UGGGGAUAAUACCUGCAAAGAAGUUACCAACUUGCGUAGAAUAAUGUGUAGGCUACGCCAUCAGGUGAGCUGAUUUCGUUUCAAAAGGCUCUCGAGCGAAAUGAGCGAGCCUUCUGCGGAUCCGGGAGGGAGUGAGCUCUCCGCCACUCUGCCCUCGACACAGGAGAGGCGUCAAAGUUCACCAGAUACGGAGAUGUCAAAUGAGGAGAUUUCAAAAACGGAGCCUUCAUCUGAAACAUCAGCUGAAAUGGAAAAUACAUUAACAAGAACAGUUUCUCUGGAUCAAAACACAAUUGGCCUCUUUGACUCACCAGAGAUAAUGGAGGUGCAGACAGUGGAUGGCAGAGUCAUCACCGUAGCCAGUGCUGUGACUCAAACGGAUUGGGAUUGGGAGCAGUCAGAAAGACAACAGAAAGACGACUCCUCAGCACAUAUAGUCAUUGAGGAGUUAUCUGAAACACCACCAGUUGAGGACAUCAUCCCAUCUGUCCGGGAAUCAGCAACCCCUAGUCCAGAUACCAAAGGGCAGAAUGUUGAAGAUGAGAAAAAUCAAUCAAACAAGCAAGAGAAUAAGGCGUAUGGAAUACCUUAUGUAGGGCCCCCCUCUCUCCUUGCUUAUAGACCAGAGUCAAAACAACCUCCAGUUCGUUAUAAGAGCCCUGUCGACAGGCAGCCUGGGAUGCGUAAAGAGAAAGAGAGCAUCCUGUGUGUCUACUGCCAGCAGCCAGCCACGUCCUUCGUCAGCAGAGAGAAUCUGGAGAACUUGGAGCACAUGGAGGCCACUCCAGAACAGCUCUUCUGCUGCGAUAAAGCCCAGUCGGUGAGAAUGCUCAUACUCCAGGAGGAGAGGGCUCUGGCUGGCGUUGAAGUGGAUAAGAAAAUUGAUGUUGGCCCUCAUCCACCAUUCAUGAGCAAACAGCAGAAACGGGCCGCUAAGGAGCGAGCAGAGCAGAGGUUAAGAGAAUUCGAGGCUCAAAGGGCGCAGACUACAGGCCAUCAGAAUCGCCUUUUACCUUGUGGCCAGCAGAUCAAAACCAUAUCCUACAGACUGUCAAACGGCGACUGGACCAUCCACGAGGAGCCUGACUUUCACCGCGUAGAUACACUUCCUGUUGACUAUUUCAGUGUGCGCGGAGAAGCUCCUGUGACACACACACGGAAGGAAGUGCUGCUAAGGCUUUAUCCAGACGGCGGGCCUUUCCUCACCAUAUUUCCAGACGGGACAGGCAAUGUUUUUUACCCCUCAGGCUGUAUCGCUGUCACCAUUUCCACUGUGGGCGCAGGUGAUUUCACAUACACGGUCCUAGAGGACAACCCCUGCCAGCCCAGUAUACAGGCCAUCUUCACAUCCAAAGGCCAUUCAACUUGCUAUCAUCCCAAUGGACUCAUAUGGGUGAACCUAAACCAGCUGGAGGGGCUCCACUGCAGCGAGAACGGCGCUCUGAAGCAACAUUGGAGCUGGCAUGACCUUGAGCCAGACAUUCAUCCGCUGCCGUUUCAGCCUCUCUAUCUCUCCCUCAAUCCCUUUAUCAGCCUCCGCAUACUAACACAGGAGCGCAUAUACCUCACCUUUAGCCACGGCACAUGCCGCGUGCGCUUUAAUGUGGGUGCAAAACUCAAGCUUAUGUACCCUGAAGGCGUAGACCUGCCAGUACCAGACACCUUGCAGAAGCAUCUCCAAAUUAAAUGUCUGGAGAUUUACUCUCUCCUGGACAGAAUCCAGACACACAUCGACUAUCAGCACAUGCCCAGUCACCAGAACAUAAAGCCUCUCUAUGGACUCAUCGCCCAAAUGGACAGACUAAGGAGACAGGUGGACCGGCACUCUUCACCAAAGAAGCUGCAAACACCAAUUCCACCCAAAGAAGCAUAAUCCUAUUUCUCACUAAGCAUUCUUACCUUGUGAUAGAUUUAUUGGAAUAUAUCAGCAUUAAAAUAUAUCGUCGCACAUAAAAUAUAUAAAAGUAUUCUUUUGAAAAUAAAAUUCAUUUUAUCGUA